UACAAAUUGUAAACAGCGCCAUUGUUUUGCUAACGUUAGCUCCGGCUAUCGAAGUGGCGCAAUAGCUGUAUCACCAGUUGUUAAAUGAAUAUAUUCUUUCAUAAAACGUGAUUUUAGACAACGAAAAUCAAAAUAAACCGGAUUAAGACGGCUAUUAAACAACAUGGGACGUACUUUACUGUUGACGUCGGUUUUAACGUCGUGAACACUUGACAAGCUAACGUUCAGUAAAUGGUUGACAGUAACAGUUAGCUAAUACACAAAUGGAGACAAAGUACCCUACCUUGAAGAGACCAAAGAGGAAACUCUGCUACCUAACUAACUCGGACAGUCCAUCCAAAAAAUGGACAGGGACUCUGACUUUGGGAGACGUUGAUAAAUUGUUUGACGACUUGGAUUCACCUUCAGUUGAUGAUGUUGACCUAGGCCCCCCGUCUCCUCUACUCCAGAGCUCUGAUAAUGAGGCAAACCAGAGUGAAAAAAGUGUUUCGCCCAUCCCCCUGGAGGGAAAAACACAUGAAAAUCCUCCUGAAUGCCACAGGGGUCCUAAAAGAGACAUCUUGCACACCACAACAAGGUCACCCAGUCUAAAUCUAGAAGUUGAUUUGGACCUUCAAUUAAAAAAGUAUGUGCCAUUGAAGACAUCCAGCCCUAUUGAAGAGAACAUGGCUGCAGAACAUGCAGCAGGGCAGGACAACGAAAACCACAGAAAUGUUUCCCCAAUUCUGUUUGCCUGUGAAGAUGAGAGGAAAGACGAGGCAAAGAGAGAGCCUCCAUCCAGUCAAAAACCACAAGGCAAUGGGCAUGUCGCAAAAGAGAGUGAUGACUUCGAUCUGGAGUCUCCUCCAAAUAGGAUUGCUUUAAGCAAACCAAGGACGCCCAGUCACAAAAAAGAGGUGGAGAGACAGUGUAAAGAAAGUCAUACAGUCAGAGUGAACACCCCCAAGAAUCCCAAUCCAGUAGGUUUGAAUAAUAACAAAAAAACACAAAGGCAAGAAAAGGCAGAUCUACCCGUGUCACAAGUGCAGCAGGACCCUGAACCCCCUGCUCACAACAAAAAGUCAGAAAAUGUUCAGAAGGCGCCUAUAGUGGAAGGUUCCACACGUGUUGGGAAAGAUAUGACGACUUUUCUUCAAAAGCUCAAAGAAGCUGGACUUUCCAAACCUGCGUGUUCCAGGAAGUCUCAGAUGCCGGUAAAAGCACCCACCCCUCCUCCUGAGCCAGAGGAUGAUUUCUUGAUUCUGGAGGAUGAACCUCCUCUCUUUAUUUUCAUCCCAACUAAAAACAGCACCAGUAAGAGACAGAGCAGAACAUCUAGCACCGACAAAGACAGCUCAACAGACAAGGGCACAAAGGAGAGCAAACAGAAUGAACUGGAAAUGGAACAGGCAAAGCGCAAACAGGUCGACCAGACUGCCAAUCAGAAAUCAAAGAAGAAAAAACGGAAAGAGAAGAAGAGUGAGGAGCCUGAACCUGGAAAUGAUGUUGCUGAACUGGACCCUCCUGCAGUUAACUUAAUGGAGCAAGAGGAACAGAACAAAAAGAAACCACAGCUCAAGAGGGUUCCCCCUAAAGAAAGUGACGAAACAGAGGAACUGCAGAAAGACAGCAGGGAGACAGGUGGAGAAAACGAAUCUCUGAAAAUAGAGAAGAAAGCUCAGAAGUCCUCUGAGAUCAAGACUGAUCAGUUUUUAAAAAUUGUAAAAGAAAAUGCCAAGACAGGCAAGGCUAAGCCAACAAAGGGAGGGAGAAAAGCCAGACAGGAGCCUAAAGAAGUAAAGGAAACUAUGUGUACUGAGAUUAUAAAGGAACGAAGCCAGGAGCCUGAAAAUCUUGCUGACCCCGGCCUUCAAUCAGACAGAGAAACUGAAGCACAAACAGAAAAAGAUUCAACCAAUGGAAAGGACGAACAGAACCAACAGCCUCUCCUGUCUGAUGGGACUCCACCAGAAGCAGAUCAGGUUCUUGGGAAAAGGAAAAGGAAGCAGACUGGACAGUGGUGGAUGAAUAACACAGAACAUACACAAACUACAGACAACCAGCCCACUGACAAGAAGCAGCUAAAGAAAAACAAGGAGCGCGUUGCGGCAUCACGUUCACCUGUGAAGGCUAAGAAGGAAAAAGUGUCCAAGAAAAAGAGCCAGACAGAGACCAAGCCUUCAUUUCAUCAGGAAACAAACAAAGUUCAAGAAAAAAAAGCUAAACAGAGUAAAAGGAGAAAUAAAGGAGGAGAGACACCAGACAGGAAGAAAACAACAGAUGAGUUGUUAGAUAAGACUGAAACAGAGAGGGUGGAAGAGCUGGAGCAGCAGGCUGAGAUCCCAGACAGCAACGCAGCCGUCUCAGAAGAAUCAUCUAGUCCUUUGGACCUUUCGCACAGACACCACAGCCUCAGCACAGGUGAUCAGGUUUUUCAAAGAGUGUACCAUCACGUCUCUGCUGACAAACAGCCCAUCACACCAGUGCCUGCCUCUCCCAUAGGGCAGAGGGAUCAACUCAGAGAAGCAGAGUCACAGAAACGGAGGAGGAAACCUCCUGGUAAUUGGUGGGCAGCUGAUGGCAAGACACAGGAAGUAGAAAACAUCUCACAACCUCAGCAGAAGGCCAAAGCUCAGAAGGAAAGAAAGAAGCAGAGCAAACAGAGUAGGCCUUCUAAACUGGGGACUCCUAAAAAUGGCAAUGUUGCAGCCUCAUCUAAACCACAAGAGGGAGCUAGUGUUCCUCCUCUGACGGUGAAGCCUCUGUCCGCUCCAAAGACUGUCAAGCGCUCUCUGGCCACGUUUAAAGACAUUUUCACUUCAGCUGCAGAGACCCCAGUUGUGCUGAGCUGCAGAGGAGCAGGUCAGAAAAAAACACCUAUAGUCACUGUGACAGAUCGUUCAGCACAUGAGAAAAGUGUAGAAGGUAUUCUCUGUGUGGACGCUGUCGAGUCCAACAGCCCUCCAAACCAAGACCCCCCACUGGACAGCAAGUAUAAGUCAGAGGAAAAUUCAAUAACCUUCAGAAGUGGCCCGCGUUCUUUGAUUGAGCUUCAGGAAUACGAGGACGACAAUUUAACUCUGCCGUCAUCCAGCAUCCAUAGUCCCCUCUCUGCAUCAGAUCUGUGUGCUCCUCCUCUGAAACCGCUCAUCCUACAGCCGCAGGACGAGGCCAACCUGACAGAGUGGUUUAAGAGUCUGUGGUCUGCCUCAGUCAAUAAAGCUUCUGAAGUGACUCCAGAUCAGUUCGACUGGUAUUUCUAUCAGGGCCGAGCACUCGGCUUCAUGGUGGAUUGGAACUCUGGAACCAUCUGUAACGGGAAAAUCCUGCUGGGCUCCUACAUGAAGAAACCUCUGUGGGUGGAUCACAACGCCACAGCAGUUUUUAACUUACUAACAAGCUCAGUGAGCGUAACCAUCAAUGGCAGCGAGUCCCACUUCAAUCCAGGACAGUCCUUCAUGGUGCCAUGUGGUCAGGCUUACAGCAUCAAAAACAUCAGCGCACAGCCUGCUGUUCUCUACUUCACCAGGAUAUUAGCAGAAAGUUUGGACUGAAUAAGCAGCCUCAUGUUUCUUUUAUCCCUCAAUCUCUGAAUAUGUAUAAAAGACUGGGUAUGUUUCACAUAAUUUAAAUGGAUCUUCUCUCUUUGUUAGAACAUGAAGUGUAAAUAUCAGAUCUUUGUUUUUAAAACUUAGUUGACCGUAAGUCCUGAUUCCAGUGAUAAAAUUUUUGAUAAAACAAAAAAAUGAAAAGUUGUAAAUAAA